UCAAGUAACCCCUAGACGAUGGCUAAACCUGCAGGAAUACCAGAGCAAGAAACUGAUGGCUGAUCAUGGGGUCGCAGUUCAGAGAUUCUUCGUGGCUGACACUGCAAACGAUGCUCUGGAGGCUGCUAAGAGACUAAAGGCUGCAGAAAUUGUACUGAAGGCUCAAAUCUUAGCUGGAGGAAGAGGAAAGGGUGUUUUCAGCAGCGGGCUCAAAGGAGGUGUGCAUCUCACUAAGGACCCUAGUGUGAUAGGACAACUUGCUCAACAGAUGAUUGGAUACAAUCUCACAACAAAGCAAACCCCGAAGGAUGGUGUUAAAGUUAAGAAGGUUAUGGUGGCAGAAGCACUGGACAUUUCAAGAGAAACCUAUUUUGCAAUAUUAAUGGAUCGCGCUUGCAACGGACCGGUUCUGGUUGGCAGCCCAGAAGGUGGGGUUGACAUAGAAGAAGUGGCGGCUAAAAGCCCAGAGCUCAUCUUCAAGGAGGAAAUAGAUAUUUUCGAAGGCGUGCGAGAUACUCAAGCGCUAAGGAUGGCAGAAAAUCUUGGAUUCAAGGGGCCUCUACGACAGCAGGCUGCCGAUCAAAUUAAAAAGCUGUAUAAUCUUUUCCUGAAAAUUGAUGCCACUCAAGUUGAAGUGAAUCCCUUCGGUGAAACUCCAGAAGGACAAGUUGUGUGCUUUGAUGCCAAAAUAAACUUUGAUGACAAUGCUGAGUUCAGACAAAAAGACAUAUUUGCCAUGGAUGACAAAUCUGUGAAUGAGCCUAUAGAAAAUGAAGCGGCCCGUUACGACUUGAAGUACAUAGGCAUGGAUGGAAAUAUUGCAUGUUUUGUCAAUGGAGCCGGGCUUGCUAUGGCAACCUGCGAUAUAAUUUACCUUAAUGGUGGAAAGCCUGCCAAUUUCCUGGAUCUCGGUGGAGGCGUGAAGGAAGCGCAAGUGUAUCAAGCAUUCAAAUUGCUCACUGCUGAUCCCAAGGUUGAAGCCAUUUUGGUCAAUAUUUUUGGCGGGAUUGUCAACUGUGCCAUUGUAGCCAACGGGAUCACUAAAGCCUGCCAGGAGCUUGAACUGAAGGUGCCUCUGGUGGUCAGACUGGAAGGUACAAAUGUUCAUGAAGCCCAGCGCAUUCUGAAUGAAAGUGGACUUCCGAUCACUUCAGCAAGCGACCUUGAAGACGCUGCCAGGAAGGCAGUGGCUAGUGUGGCAAAGAAAUAAAAGCACGGCCAACAAAGAAAUCUCCAGUUCACAAUGUAGGACAUUCCCAAUGUUGCCUCAAAUUAUAUAUUUAGGAUUUUAAAAAAUUCAAUCU